AGAGAUCGCCUAGUCGCGCGGCCUCAGGAGGGACCACAUAGAUCACAGAAUGCUUCAGCCACCGAGAGAUCUACGUUUCCACAGCAUCCACUUCGCCUUCUGAUAUCACGGACUUUCCAGCGGACGGCGUGAAAGUGGGGAAUUGUUGGAGACCUCCAGAUUCGCGAAAUGUUGGAAUGGAAGGCGCAGACUCUGACUCGCCGUCUCAAACAGGAGUAUGAAGUGCUUCGCGGAUCUGGGAUCAACGAGAGACAAACUUGGUUUUCUUCGGAUAUCACUAAACGCUCGCGGGGAAAUACACUAGCGCGGAUAACGAGACGUUCGGCGCAGACUUUGCAACAUGGCCUCGGCUGUUAAUGUGUCCUCCGAGCAGGAAAACAGAGACCCCGAUCGGCCGAGGUUAACGCGGAGAAAUAGGGGCAACUAUCGGACCGCCGCGGCGGAUUUGGAGUAUUUGCAGCGGCCGAGCUAUUGCGAUGCCGCCUUUGCAUUGGAGCAGAUAUCAGAGGGGAAGGCGACUGGGAGGAAAGCGCCACUGUGGUUGAGAGCAAAGUUUCAAAGACUUUUGUUUAAACUUGGCUGUUACAUACAAAAGAACUGUGGAAAGUUUUUAGUUGUGGGCCUUUUAAUAUUCGGAGCUUUUGCUGUUGGCUUGAGGGCAGCUAAUCUGGAGACGGACGUGGAGAAACUCUGGGUAGAAGUGGGUGGCAGGGUGAAUCAGGAACUCAAAUACACGCGGCAGAAGAUCGGAGAGGAGGCCAUGUUUAGUCCUCAGCUCAUGAUACAGAUGCCACGACAGGAAGGUGCUAACAUUCUGACUGUAGAGGCACUGAAGCAGCACCUCGACUCUGCCAUAAAGGCCAGCAGAGUGCAUAUUUACAUGUACAACAGGCAAUGGAAAUUGGAACAUUUAUGCUUCAAAUCAGGAGAAAUUGUUACAGAAACCAAUUUUGUGGACCAGAUUAUAGAGAAACUGCACCCAUGUCUGAUCAUCACUCCUCUAGACUGCUUCUGGGAAGGUGCUAAGCUACAUUCAGGAACGGUCUACCUCCCUGGCAAAGACCAAGUGCAGUGGACCAACUUUGAUCCGAUGGGAUUCAUUGCUGAGCUGAAGAUGCUGAAGUAUCCGGUGGACAGCUGGGAGGAGAUGCUGGUCAAAGCAGAGGUGGGUCAUGGCUAUAUGGACCGCCCCUGCCUGAAUCCCGCGGACCCCGACUGCCCAUUGUCAGCUCCCAACAAGAACAUGACACGGCCUUUUGACGUGGCUCGUGUUCUGACUGGUGGCUGCUAUGGGCUUUCCAAAAAGUACAUGCAAUGGCAGGAGGAGCUUAUCGUAGGUGGGAUCAAGAAGAACGACAGCGGCAGACUUCUGAGUGCACAGGCCCUUCAGACCAUGUUCCAGCUCAUGACCCCAAAGCAGAUGUACGAGCACUUGAAGGGCUACGAGGAGGUCUCGCACAUCAACUGGAACGAGGACAAAGCAGCUGCCAUACUAGAGGCCUGGCAGAGGAGAUACUCUGAGGCUGUCCAGCAGAGUGUGUCAGUAAAUUCGUCUCAGAAAGUUCUCACGUUCACCACCACCACCCUGGAAGACAUCCUUAAGUCCUUCUCUGAUGUCAGUGUGAUCCGUAUCGCCAGUGGCUACCUCCUAAUGCUUGCCUAUGCGUGUCUGACCAUGCUGCGGUGGGACUGCGCCAAGUCUCAGGGGGCGGUUGGGCUGGCCGGAGUGUUGCUGGUCACUCUUUCUGUCGCCGCUGGACUGGGACUCUGCUCACUUUUGGGCAUCUCCUUUAACGCCGCUACCACACAGGUGUUGCCGUUCCUAGCCCUUGGUGUAGGGGUGGACGAUGUCUUUCUCCUGGCUCACGCUUUCAGCGAGACUGGCCAGAACAAGAGGAUUCCAUUUGAGGACCGCACUGGUGAAUGUCUGAAGAGGACUGGGGCUAGUGUAGCUUUGACUUCCAUCAGUAAUGUGACGGCAUUUUUCAUGGCUGCUCUUAUUCCAAUCCCAGCACUCCGAGCUUUCUCCUUACAGGCGGCAGUGGUCGUGGUGUUUAACUUCGCUAUGGUGCUGCUCAUCUUUCCUGCCAUCCUCAGCAUGGAUCUGUACCGCCGUGAGGACCGCCGCUUCGACAUUUUCUGCUGCUUUGUCAGUCCUUGCGCUAACCGGGUAAUCCAGUUGGAGCCGCAGGCGGCGUAUGCUGACUCCUCUGCUGAAUCCAGCCGCUACAGCCCUCCGCCCUCCUACAGCAGCCACAGCUUUGCCCAGCACACCCAAAUCACCAUGCAGUCCACCGUACAGCUGCGCACAGAGUACAACCCCAGAACACAGGCCUACUACACCACGGCCGAGCCCCAUUCUCAUAUCUCCGUUCAACCCUACGCCCCCAAUCCCAAUCCCAAUCCCAACCGCAACAACAGUAACAACAACAACCACAGCAACAGCAGCAGUGCAGGGCCAGAACUGACUUCUGAUAGAGCAUCCUGCCAGAGUCCCGACGGUGCAAGCUCCACACGAGACUUGCUAUCUCAAUUUGGGGAGUCGAGUUUACGCUGUCUGGAGCCGCCAUGCUCACGAUGGACAUUUGCAUCGUUUGCUGAGAAGCACUAUGCGCCAUUUUUGCUGCAGCCUACAACGAAGGUGGUGGUGAUUUUGCUCUUUUUGGCACUGCUCGGGGUCAGUCUGUACGGCACCACCCGUGUCCGGGAUGGUUUAGAGCUGACUGACAUUGUGCCACGAGAGACGGGCGAAUACGACUUCAUCCGUGCCCAAUUCCGCUACUUUUCCUUCUACAACAUGUACGUGGUGACCCAGAAAGCUGACUAUGCACAGAUCCAGCCUCAACUCUAUGAGCUGCACCAACGCUUCAGCACUGUGAAGUACGUUCUGCGGGAGGACGACGGCCAGCUCCCACACAUGUGGCUUCAUUACUUCAGAGACUGGCUGCAAGGUCUGCAGGAGGCGUUCGAUAAAGAUUGGCAGACCGGUAGGAUCACUCAGGGGAACUACAGGAAUGGCUCUGAUGAUGGCAUCCUGGCCUACAAACUCCUGGUGCAGACCGGUCGCAGAGACAAGCCAGUCAACAUGAACCUGCUAACUAGACAGCAUUUGGUGAGCGCCGAUGGAAUCAUCAACCCAAAUGCCUUCUACAUUUAUUUAACUGCCUGGGUGAGCAAUGACCCAGUGGCUUACGCUGCAUCCCAGGCCAGCAUCCGUCCGCACCCUCCUGAGUGGCUCCAUGACAGGACAGACUCCAUUCCUGUCAGCAGACUCAACAUUCCUGCCGCUGAGCACAUCGAAUAUGCACAGUUUCCCUUCUACCUCAACGGGCUUCGCGAGACGCCACAGUUCGUGGAGGCCAUCGAGAGUGUCCGCUCCAUCUGCAGCAACUACAGUUAUCAGGGCCUGCCCAGCUACCCCAACGGCUACCCCUUCCUCUUCUGGGAGCAGUAUGUAGGCUUGCGCCACUGGCUCCUGCUGUCCAUCAGCGUCGUGCUGGCCUGCACCUUCCUGGUGUGUGCCGUCUUCCUGCUCAACCCCUGGACUGCGGGAAUCAUUGUCUUGGUGCUGUCUUUGAUGACGGUGGAGCUGUUUGGCAUGAUGGGAUUGAUCGGCAUCAAGCUCAGUGCUGUCCCUGUCGUCAUCCUCAUCGCUUCUGUUGGCAUUGGUGUGGAGUUCACCGUCCAUGUGGCACUGGCGUUCCUCACAGCCAUCGGGGACAGGAACAAGCGAGCCGUUCUAGCACUUGAGCACAUGUUUGCCCCAGUGCUGGAUGGAGCAUUUUCCACCCUGCUAGGAGUCUUGAUGCUGGCGGGGUCAGAGUUCGACUUCAUAGUCAGGUAUUUCUUCGCUGUUUUGGCUAUCCUAACAGUGUUAGGGGUCCUGAAUGGACUGGUGCUGCUCCCAGUCUUAUUGUCCUACUUUGGCCCUUAUCCUGAGGUAUCUCCAGUAGACGGACGAAGCCGGCUGCCCACCCCUUCUCCAGAGCCUCCCCCACAGGUGGUCCGCUUCACAAUGCAACCCAGCCACACGACCCCUGGAGCAGGAUCAGACUCCUCAGACUCAGAAUAUGGUUCCAACACUACUGUGUCUGGCAUUAGCCAGGAGCUUCAGCAGUAUGACCUCCAGCCCAACAGGGGGCGAUCAGCCAGACUGGAGGAGGUGCGGAUCGCCACAGGGGGACGACAAGGCAGUCGUCAAGUUGAACUGCCAAUGUUUCCUCCUUGCUCAGAUGACUCUAGACAGCAGCAACCACCGCAGCAUUACAGGUCCACCCAUCUGCCCAGUUCUCAGGAUGCUGGACCUCAAACGUCAAAGCGAUACUGUAGCAGGGACCCUAAGAGGGAUUUUGGGAGCGGACAUCCGCCCCCCCCUCACAGGCCGCGCAUGGAUGCUUUUGAAACCGCUACUGAGCCAGGCCCUAACCACCGGGAACGUUCAGGAGCCCAUCGCCCCCGUUCCCACAACCCCUACACUCACCCUUCUCAUCCGUCCACAGGCCCCGCCUACUGUCAGCCCAUCACAACGGUGACAGCCUCGGCCUCGGUGACGGUCGCCGUUCAUUCGGGGAUGCCCGGCCAGAGCCCCGCCUACCCCUCCAACGACAGCUAUCACACUUCAGAAGAUGUCUACACUGACCCUUGCUUCUCUGACCCUAACGUGCCCUUUGACAAGAGCAACGACAGCUCGAAAAUGGAGGGCAUGGAACUGCAGGAUCUAGAAUAUGACCCUCCCAAUGUCUGUCACACAAGACCCUCCAGCUGAGUGGUUAAAUGUUGAAGCUCAAACAGCCAAAGAUGGGACAUCUGUCUGCCAGCAUGGCAGAAACAUGGUGCUGCAUGGCGGGGACACUUUGACCAGCGGCGCCUUUUCGGUGCUUGACUCUGUUACUGUAUAACCCUGGUGUAUUUUUGUUAGAUAUUUCUAAAAGUAUUUAUGUGUACACAAAUGUAAAUAAUGAACGAGAGUAGCUAUAAUUUGACCGGGGGUCGUCAGACUUGUGUGUUCCAAGUGCCCACCCAUCAUUUGUGUAUCUGUGCCAUAAGGAAACAUCAUUCUUGACAAACAUUUCAGCAUACGGUCGUUGCUGCUUAUGAUAUUGUUGUAAUGUUUGUAUAAUGCUAUGCAAUUAUUUUCUCUUAAUUUUAUAGAACUGUGCGUGUGAGAGUUUGAAAAUGUGUUGUUGUAUGCAUGUAUGUAUGAGUAUUUUUUGUUUCCCGUCAGAGCCCUUAGACCCCUCAGAUGCAUAUUAACUAACAAGAACAAACUCUAAGUGAGCUAACAUAAUAUGUUAAAUGAUUUUGUGGCAGUUAAAUGGAUUUGCAUUGCACUUACGGUACACUUCUGUUCAAAACACCAGUACAAAACUGCACAGAUACAUUCACUUUCAGAGGACACAUUCAGGGAAAACGUUUUUCAGACAUAUGCUAGAUAUGUAAAAGUUCACAUUAAUGUCCAGUUGUUUGUCAGCAAGCAUCAGAUGUUUAAGCGUGUGUGUGGAUGUUUGCGUUUUGUGUAUAUUGAAGCGUUAGAGUUGAUGCUUUUUAAUGUUAAUUUGCUUAUCACAAAUCUGUGGUAGUUGGAAAAAACAAAUACUGUUUAACAAUGAAACACGCUAUGCGUGAGACUUUAGCUACGCAGAAAUGAAGAAGGAAACGGAGUGAUUGUUGGGUGACUGUGCCUCUGUUCUCCUGUCCUCUGUACUGGAACUCUCUCUGGUCUUUUGUACCUUCAUACUCCAGUUAUUUACUGUAAAUCGGCCAUUUGUGGCCACCCUGAAUUUGCUCAUGAUUUCAACUUUGCAUUACUAAAGUAAUGCAGUGUAACGGUAAUUUCGGGUUUCCAUUGUAACUUUGUUUUUUUACAUUAUGGCAUUAUUUUCUGUCAUUCAAUAGUGGUUUAAGCUAAAACAUUACUGUUACAACAGUAUUCGCUCUGAUUCUGGUGGCGCAACUUUUUUCCUCGUUGUCUUUUUUUUUGUUUGUUUUAAUAAGCUAAGCUGAUGAGCAUUCUCAAGGUGUGCGUCGCACAAUGGCUGGUCGCGUCAAUGGUUUUUGUCGAUUCGUUGACCUCCUCAAUGACAAACUGCAACUACUGGCCCUAAUUUAGCAAGAGCAGUUCUCUGCGCUGACCUCACCUCAUAAAAAUCCACAACAUAACACCGUGACACUAAUUGGAAGUUCCCCCUCAGCUGCCAAAUGGUGCAUGCGAGUGCUUUAAGGGUCAAGGGUCGUGGAGCCCCCACUCUUCUGUGGCUCUGAAGCUGGCGUGUGUGUCUUUAAGAGUGUGUUUGUGUGUUGUCUGUGACCCCCUCGUCCAGAUUGACUUCCUGUCAAACAUGUUUGAUCUUGACGAAGACUUGUUGAGAGUUGUUCUGUGUGGUUUGUUUGUUGUGUUUGUGUUCUCCUUCAUGUCACAUUGGCAGAAAUGGGAGAAAAUCAUGGCUGGCAACUAUUGUAAUGUUUAUAUAUAUAUAAAUAUAUAUAUAUU